AUGAGUUUUAUUCAACUUUACUUAAUCUUUUGGGUUACACUGCAAUCGUUCACAUCGGUAAACCCAAAGUGGAACCAAGAAUCGCUUGAAAUUAGUACGCAAUCAUUAGUCCGAAGUAAACGUUUCUGCUUCAAUUGGCUGUGUGGCUUUAACCAGGCUUGUGGACAACCUUAUCCGAGAGCAAGACCUAGACCAAGGCCAGUUCAAUACUAUCAACCCAUUUAUUAUCCUUAUCCAGUUGCUCCACCAGCUCAAGCCCCAGCCCCGGCUCCGGCUUCAGCUCCAGCUCCAGUUGCACCUAAAGCAGCAGCAGGUGAAGAAGCCCCUGCAGCACCAUCUGAAGCCGAAGCUGAUUCAAAAGCUCAACCAGCAGCUAAAUCUCCUGCCAAAGCUCCAGCAAAAGCACCAUCCAAGGCCCCAGCUAAGGCACCAGCUAAGUCCCCAGCCAAACCGGCAGCUAAGCCACCGGCCAAAGCUCCAGCAAAAAAACCACCAGCGAAACCACCGGCCAAGAAGCCACCAGCAAAAGCACCAGCAAAGAAGCCAGCCAAGCCUCCAGCCAAGGGUAAACCUCCAGCUAAGGGCAAACCACCGGCUAAAGGCAAACCUCCAGCUAAAGGUAAGCCUCCGGCUAAGGGUAAACCUCCAGCAAAGGGCAAACCACCGGCCAAAGGUAAACCUGGUAAAGGAAAGGGUUGA